AUGUCCAAGGGGGACCCGUCUCGACGACGCACCGGCCUGGAUUCGUACGACUUCCCGCCCGAGGCAUUUGAUAGCAGUCUCCUGCCGGACGUCGACGUCGAUUUCAUCCCGGAGGAGGACGUCGAGGCCUUUGAGCGCGCGCUGCAGGCCCCGGAUCCGCUGCAAAGUCCUACUCCCGAUGACGCGGCUUCUGGAGCAUCCGGCCUCAGGCCGCGCCCCCGGAGCAGCUCGCCGUGGGUGACGAAGCGCGACUCGCUGGCGAGCACGGCCAUGCUCGAAGAGGCAUCGGCGGCGGCGGCGGCGGCGUCGGCGUCGGCCAUGGCAUCAGGGAGCACGCCGGCGGCAGACGACGAUGGCCCGCAACGCGGACCGCCUGCCACCUCGUCGGCGCCGACCUUCAUCACGGCGCAGAACGACUGGGCGCCCAUCCACCCGUCCGUGUACGACUACGACGACAAGAACAGCAGCACCACCAAGCGCAAGAAGAAGGGUGGGUCAAGGAGGAAGCGCAGAGGCGGGAAGGGCGGCGGCGGCGGCAGGCCGGUAGAGGGCCUCCUAGGUACGCGGUCCAAGGAUGAGACCCGAGAGGGGUACCUGUACCAGCUGUCCAAGUGGCCGCUGCUCUUCUUCGUCGUGGCAUGGCUCACGGGCCUGGGCCUCGCCUACCUGUCCACCAGGGGAUACAUCUGGCUCUACGAGCACUUCUUCACGUGGCGCGGCAGGCGUCAGCAGCUUCGGAUGAGCAUGCGCCGCACGUCGAACUACAGGGACUGGGUGGCCGCCGCCAAGGAUCUGGACGGGUACCUGGGUCGCAGGGCGUGGCGUGAGGAGGACGACUUCGCCUACUACGACUCCAGGACGGUCAAGCGCGUGUGGGACCAGAUGCGCAAGACCAGGCUGACGGCCGAGGCGGCGGGCACGGCCGAAGACGACAGGCGCAAGGCUGUCGACGAGCUCAGAGCCUUGACGGAGGCCUGCGUCAAGAAUAACUUUGUCGGCGUGGAGAAUUCUAGGCUGUACAGCCAAACGUACUAUGGGACCAAGAAUCUGGUGCAGAAUUAUCUCGACGAGGUCGAUCUGAGCCUCAAGUUGUUGCUCAAGACCAAGUUACUGGAUGCAGAGGAGAAGCGCAUCCUCUUCCAGCAUGUGGAUGCCAACUUUGGCCGCACGGCGCUGUGUCUGUCUGGCGGGGCGGCGUUUGCAUACUACCAUAUCGGUGUGCUGAGGGCGCUCCUGGACGCGGGCCAGCUGCCGAACGUCAUCACGGGUACGAGCGGCGGCGCGCUGAUCGCGGGGCUGGUGGCGACGCGGACGGACGAGGAGCUGCAGGCGCUGCUGGUGCCUUCGCUGGCGGUCAAGAUCAACGCGUGCAGCGAGAGCAUAACGACGUGGCUGCCCCGGUGGUGGAGGACGGGCGCGCGCUUCGACUCGGUGGACUGGGCGCGGCGGUGCAGCUGGUGGACGCGCGGGUCCCUGACAUUCCGCGAGGCGUACGAGCGGACGGGCCGGAUCCUCAACGUGAGCUGCGUGCCGGCGGACCCCCACUCGCCCACGAUCCUGUGCAACUACCUCACCAGCCCGGACUGCGUCAUCUGGUCUGCCGUCCUGGCGUCGGCGGCGGUCCCGGGCAUCCUAAACCCGGUGGUGCUCAUGAUGAAGGGCCGCGACGGGCGCCUGGAGCCCUUCUCGUUCGGGCACAAGUGGAAGGACGGCAGCCUGCGGACCGACAUCCCCAUCAAGGCGCUCAACACGCACUUCAACGUCAACUUCACCAUCGUCAGCCAGGUCAACCCGCACAUCAACCUCUUCUUCUUCUCGUCGCGCGGCUCCGUCGGCCACCCCGUCACCCACCGAAAGGGACGCGGCUGGCGCGGCGGCUACCUCAUGUCCGCCAUCGAGCACUACCUCAAGCUCGACAUGAACAAGUGGCUCCGCUUCAUCCGGCACGCCGAGCUGCUGCCCCGACCGCUGGGGCAGGACUGGAGCCAGCUCUGGCUGCAGCAGUUCAGCGGCACAGUCACCAUCUGGCCCAAGUCCAUCCCCUCCGACUUCUACCACAUCCUCACCGACCCGGACCCGCCCAGGCUCGCCCGCAUGAUCCACGAGGGCAAGCAGAGCACCUUUCCCAAGAUCAACUUCAUCUCCAAUCGUCUCAGGAUCGAGAGGCUCAUCGAGCAGGGCAUCCGCGAGACCAGGGCUAGGGAUCGCACCCUGCACGACCUGCUCAGCGAGGAAGACCUGCGGAGCAUCCUGCUUGCCAACUACGACUCGGGUGCGGGCCUGACCACCGAGGACGACACGGACGGAGAGGACGAUGGAGGCAUCCUCGGUGAGCUCACCAAGGGGCUUGGCAUGACGAUCAUUGGGAAAGAGAAGGGAGACCACCAGUCGUGA